AUGGAUGAACAAAGUUUAGCGUUAGCUGAAGAUUGUGAAUUAACAGAAUUCAAAGGCGAAAGUCUUCUUGACCCGAUAAACCGCCUUAAAGAAUUAUUGUAUUCCCAGUCAUCGUCCAUCCUUGAUAGUUCUUCAAACGUUAAUGUCCCCGAAUCAGAUUUAGAAACUCAUAAUUCUCCUAAGACUUCGUCUGUUGAAGCACCGCCUUCGUUUUCUAACGUUAAUUCAACACAUAUAGUAACUAAUCUUAGUACUGCUAAUGCUUUACAAGCGCCUUCAUCUAAUAAUGAUACAUUAAACCUGACACUGAAAAAAAGAAGUGUGCCACCUGUAGCAUUGAUUUCAGCGGACAUUAGGCAAAUAAGGAGUCGUGCGCAAAGAAUUAAUGCAUACUCCGCAAAAUUUGAAUUGUUGAAAAAGGAAGAUACGGGACUGUGUUCAUGGCUCAAUUUGAACCUUGUAAGAGAGCUGCCGUUAUCUAUAAAAACAGAUUAUAAAAAGAGAUUUAAUGAAACUAUACCAUCUAUCGCAAGUUUGGCAGCGAACAAAAUUUACUCUAACCUUUCUUUAGCAACAAGCGCCAGCAGUCAGCCAACCUUGUCUUCGCGCACCUCAGAUAACUCUACAGAUACAAAUAUAUUGACAAAUUCAAGCUCCCAAAAUUCUUCUAAAUCUUUAUCUUUCUCACGGACUUUUUUAGAUGCAGUUGUUCAAACCAAUUCACCUAAAAGUCAUCCAAUGUCCCCACCCAUGUCACCAAAAACGAAAACAUCCUCCAAUCUCUUCAACUUGAAUAGACGUGGUAGUAUUAGUAAACCUAAUCGACCUAUGACGCACAUGCCUCCGGCUGUGAUGAAUGACCCAUCCACUAAUUCGUCUGCAUCCUCAACUUCCAUGUCUCCAAAAUCACCGAAAACGGCUUCACCUAAACGUCAAAGAAGGUUUAGCUUUCAAGCUGUUUCUUCAAAAUUCUUUGGAUCUUCUAGUACACCAUCAUUACCUUUUCCGACUAUCGAAGAAAAGACGGAUACUAAUUCGUCCAAUUCAGUUGUCAUUGAUGAAGACGCUCUAAAUAGACUAUGUGACGUAUUACCACAAGCAGACAGGGAUGUCUUGAUAAAAUAUUUGCGCGCAGCAGGUGGAAAAGAUGAUUUAAUGGCUGUUGGCCUUUACAUGAAAGAUUUAAAAAGCGGGGAGAUAUGA